CUAGCGACGUGGCUACGCAAAAUGUACAACAAAAUGGAUUCGAGUCGAAUGUACUCCUUAUCAGACCACUGCUUUUCGGUUUACCGUUCGCUGGUUGUCCAGGGCAACGAAAUGCGUCUGAGGGGCUGGUGCCAAAAAUGUUUAUACUUGGGAUGGUUCCUCUUCUGUUUCAUUAUCUAUGCGCUCUAUUCGGGAACUCUCACGGCAGUACUGGCUGUUCCCGCCUUCGAGAAGCCCAUCGACUCAUUGACGGACCUUCUGGACGCCGUUAUCAAGGAUGGGUUUAAGCCAGUUGUCGUCCGUGGAACUAGUAAUGAGUUCAUAUUCAGCGAUGCUACAAGUGGCAUUUACAAACAACUAUGGGAUGUGUUCGACCCUAAAGAUCGCUAUGUGUACAGCUGGGAUGAAGGAAUCGACAAGGUAAUAUCCGGUAAAUAUGUCUUCGCCAACGCCUAUCUUGGAGCAGUGAUCCGAGCAAAGAGCAGAGGCCUCCACAAGUAUCACUUUGCCAAGAACACUUUCUAUCCGCAAAGCUAUGGAAUGGCAUGCGCCAAUGGCGCGCCUUACAAGACUCUCUUCGAUAGCCUGCUCAUCCAGAUUACAUCAGCGGGGCUAGUUCAGAAAUGGACAAAAGAUGAGGUGAGCAAAGUCAAGAGCGCUGAUUCUUCUUCUUCCAGUGGUCCGGGUGCCAUCACCCUCGUCCAACUGCAGGCAGCUUUCUUCAUACUGUUGAUUGGCUAUUUCUUAGCAACAAUAGCGUUGAUAGUAGAGGCAAUUAUAGGCGUUUGUUCAAAAUCCAAAACAUCUGCAAAAGAGAAUGCCUUAUAGAAAUUUACAUUGUAGCCACUGGUGCAUUUUCAAGCCCGUGUCCACUUAAAUAACAUUUUUAUUGCGGAAAUGUGCAUCGAACAUCAGUGUUUUGCACAUUUAUCGUAUCUCCUUUAACAUUUCCCAGACAACCAUUAUAUGGAAGUGGUGUAUUUUCAAACUUCAGUGUAUAUAGCCUACUCUUGAGCAAUUUAAAAAUAACGGGUUUCAAAUCCCAACGUGUUAAAUAAAUGUUGUAGGUAGAAUCUGUAUCUUUACAGACAUGAACGUUCAACAGUACUCUUAUAGGUUACCACAUUUUUUCUCUAUAUAUCUUGAAAAGAUAAC